UAAAAACCUGCUGAACAGCCCGGAGCGUGGCCACUGCUCACAAGGGAAAUGUCUCACAUAUUUGCAGAUUCUUCCCUCUUGGCUGAAAUACCUUUAUUCCCGGUGGGACCGAGUGUGACUGUCACAUCCCAUUGAUCGUUAGUCGUUUAGAGGGGGGGCGAGAACCUGCUGUGGACCCCCCCUGGGAUAUCUGCGCAGUGCACCGAUGGAGUGACAAUGGAAAGUACAGAUGAGCAAGGACCAGAGCAGGAAACCAUCAGCUGGCAGACAGCUGUGAAGUCUACGUGCAGAGGAACAGGAGAGACAGAAGGCAGAGGCCUCGGUUAUGAGACAGCCAUGGAGUCAGACUCUGAUUUACUGGAGAACUUGCGGCUGCCUACCUUGGAAAUGCUGCGUAAUGAAAUCAUAAAUCCUGGGACACAGGCCAGUCUGUCUCCCUGCCAUGAAGAACUGUGUCAAGGAUCACAUGACACAUCAUCGUCUAAUGAUGACACAGCAGAAAUACAUGUAGCCACCUCACCUGGUGAACUGGAGGCAUCUCCUGCUGUGGUGGAGACCACUACCGAGGAGAGACCUCUAGACAGUGAAAUGAAACACCAUAAAGAGAAAAAUAAGACUCCCUUUGAGACAUCUAGUGAUGAUACGGAUGAAUGGGAGACCGCCAGCGAAAAGAGUGUUGUGCUUGAACCUGAGCUGUAUGAUGAAGAGAAGGUUGGAGAUGCUGAAUCCUGUGGUCAAGAGAAGCACAAUGAGGAUGCCGGACAUCAUGGUCAAAAAAAUAUCUUGGAGGACGCUGGGCUUCAUGGUCUGGAACUAGUCACUGAGGAUGCUGGGCAUCAUAGUCUAGAAAAUAUCUUGGAGGACGCUGGUCUUCAUGGUCAGAAAACAGUCACUGGGGAUGCUGGUCUUCAUGGUCAGAAAACAGUCAGUGAGGAUGCUGGUCUUCAUGGUCAGAAAACAGUAGGUGAGGACGCUGGUCUUCAUGGUCAGGAAACAGUCAGUGAGGACGAUGGGCUUCAUGGUCAGGAAACAGUCAGUGAGGAUGAUGGGCUUCAUGGUCAGGAAACAGUCAGUGAGGACGAUGGGCUUCAUGGUCAGGAAACAGUCAGUGAGGACGCUGGGCUUCAUGGUCAGGAAACAGUCAGUGAGGACGCUGGGCUUCAUGGUCAGGAAACAGUCAGUGAGGACGCUGGGCUUCAUGGUCAGGAAACAGUCAGUGAGGACGCUGGUCUUCAUGGUCAGGAAACAGUCAGUGAGGACGCUGGGCUUCAUGGUCAGGAAACAGUCAGUGAGGACGAUGGGCUUCAUGGUCAGGAAACAGUCAGUGAGGACGAUAGGCUUCAUGGUCAGGAAACGGUCAGUGAGGACGAUAGGCUUCAUGGUCAGGAAACGGUCAGUGAGGACGAUGGGCUACAUGGUCAUGAAACGGUCAGUGAGGACGAUGGGCUACAUGGUCAUGAAACGGUCAGUGAGGACGAUGGGCUACAUGGUCAUGAAACGGUCAGUGAGGACGAUGGGCUACAUGGUCAUGAAACGGUCAGUGAGGACGAUGGGCUUCAUGGUCAGGAAGCGGUCAGUGAGGACGAUGGGCUACAUGGUCAUGAAACGGUCAGUGAGGACAUUGGCAUUUAUGGUCAGAAAUCAGUCAGUAAGGAUGUCGGGAUUGAUGGUAAUGAAUUAGUAAGUGAUCAUGAAAUUCAUGGUCAAGAAAUGAUCAGUGAGGAUGCUGGGCUUCAUAGUCAUGCCAUAGUGAGUGAGGACGCUGGGCUUCAUAGUCAUGCCAUAGUGAGUGAGGACGCUGGGCUUCAUAGUCAUGACAUAGUGAGUGAGGACGCUGGGCUUCAUAGUCAUGCCAUAGUGAGUGAGGACGCUGGGCUUCAUAGUCAUGCCAUAGUGAGUGAGGACGCUGGGCUUCAUAGUCAUGCCAUAGUGAGUGAGGACGCUGGGCUUCAUAGUCAUGCCAUAGUGAGUGAGGACGCUGGGCUUCAUGGUCAUGCCAUAGUGAGUGAGGACGCUGGGCUUCAUGGUCAUGCCAUAGUGAGUGAGGACGCUGGGCUUCAUGGUCAUGCCAUAGUGAGUGAGGACGCUGGGCUUCAUGGUCAUGCCAUAGUGAGUGAGGACGCUAGCAUUUAUGGUCAUGAGACAGAUAUUAAGGAUCCAGGGAUUCAUGGUCAUAAGGCAGUGAGUGAGAGCGCAGGUUUUCUUGGUCAGGAGAAACACAGAAAGAUUGAUGAAGCUCUGUUGGAAGAAAUAGGGAAAGAUGCUGAAAUUCAUGGACUGGAAACAGUGAAUAAGGAUGCUGAACCUCAUGGUUAUGAGACCAGGUCUUAUGAUCAUGAGACAGUCAGUGAAGAUGCUGAACCUCAUGGGUAUGAGGCAGUCAGUGAAGAUGCUGGACCUCAUGGUUAUGAGACAGUCAGUGAAUAUGCUGAGCCUUAUGAUCAUGAGACAGUCAGUGAAGACGCUGGGAAGUAUAAUCAUGAGACAGUCAGUGAGGAUGCUGGGCAGUAUGGUCAGAAGACACUUAGUCAUGAGAUGUUCAGUGAGGAUGCUGGUUCUGCUGGUCUGGAUACAGUAAUUGAGGAGGGUGAGCUUCAUGGUCAUGACGCAGUCAAUGAGGAAGCUGGAUCUCAUGGACAGGAGACAGACAGUGAGAAGGCUGGGGCUUAUGGUCAGGAUACAAUUAAUGAGACGGCUGAGCCGGCUGGUGAAGAGAUAGUCAUUGAGGAGGCUGGGCCUCAAGAACAGGAGACUGUAAAUGAGGUAGAUGAGAUUCAUGGUCCAAAGUCAGUCACUGAGGAGACUAUGCUUUUUGCUUUACAGAUAUCCAGUAAAGGGGCUGGCCCUUUUAGUCAUGGCAACAAGAUGACAGAUAACAGGGAGGUCACACUUCAUAGUCAGGACGCAUCUAAUGAUGAUAUAGAGUCUUAUGGUCAGGAGACUGUCAAUGAGGAGGCUAAGGCUUGUGAACAGGAGAUGGUCCAUGAGGAAACUGGGUCUUUUAUUCUUGAACCAGUCCAUGACUUGACUAGGUAUCCUAAUGAGGACACAGUCAGUGGGUUAGUAGCUGGUGACAUGACUAGGCCUCAUGGUCUUAAUGCAGAAGGAGAGCUACAGGGCAAUGAGACACUCUUUGGGAUUGAGAGUGAGGAGUUUGAUGAAGACUGUAAGACUGCUGUUCCUGACCAGGCACUGAAUGACGAAACCACCGAUGAUAAAAAAGGGACCUUAAAUACAGAGCGACCAUACGAAAAUAGAUUGAUAAAAAGUGGAGAAAUACUAGAGACUGAUGAACUUGACCGCCAUGAGACAGUUUGUCAAGCAACACUCAAUGUCUGUGGAGAGAGAGAUUCUGAUGAGCCUUGCGAUAUCUACAUAGAAGCCAUCAAUGAAGAAGUCCUGAAUGUCUCUAAAGAGUCCUUUCAUGAAGAGACACAGUUUGUCUAUACGGAGAAAGACCAUGAAGAAAAACAGGAUAUCUACAAAGGGAUUGAAGGUCAUAAGAUGCAAGGCAUCUAUAUUAAGGCUGUUGAAGAAAAUGCUUUACGGGGUAUACCUGACCCUGAGGAUACAGAAGCUGGAGAUGCCAGCAUGAUGGACAUGAAGGAAGUUGUGAGUGAGGACAGAAUCAUCACUAAAGAGUCUAGUGAAGAAAGUGAAAUGGCCAAAAAACGAGUUCAGAUGAAAACUAAUCAGGGCUUCGUAGGAUCUUCAAGACUCCUUGAUGAAAAUGCCACCUUUGAAGAUGAGCAGGAUUAUUAUGUUUUCAAACAGAGAUGGGAUUUAACAGAAGCAUCCAGUAAACACACACUAACUGAGGAUCUAGAGCUUGCCUAUGUAGAAUUUGAUAGGCUUGAAGACAAGCUACAUAGUAGUAAGGAUCUAGUAGGGACUGGUGAAGGACUUUCUGAAGAUAAUCCUAAUGUAUUGGACCAAGACACAGUGCAUGAGCUGCAGUAUACACAAGUUACUAAUGAUUUGUCAUCAGAUAUGGACUGUACAAUGAGUAUCGAAACUCAACUGGAUGUUCAUAGUCCACGACUGAUGGAAGAGAAGAGGCAAAAUGAACCUUCUGAAAGUCUGUGGCUUGGAUACAACGCAGAGCUCAAUCUCCAAAAGGUGUCUUCUGGUGUCCAAGAAAUCAGUGAACCAUGUUUGCACCUAUCAGUAGUACAUACAGAACAAACCAGUGACUCAAAAGAUGAUUCAAGCCUCCAGCAUCCGAGGUUAAGUGAUCCAGAACCGGUUCCAGAAGAGGAAAUGACCAUGUUGGACACUCAUGGUAAACUAAGUUUCUCACACGUGGAUCAUCAUGUUCAAGAAGUUCCUCCGGAUGAGCCUGACCACUAUAAACUAGAAUUUUUUCCUGUCAGAUUAAAGGACAUUGGGAUUUUAUCAGACGAUAUAGUCCGAUCUAGUUCAAAAAGUAAAGCUCAUGAAUUGUUACAAAAGAGUAUAGAGUCAAAAUGUAUAAACAGACAAGAAACCAUGCAAGAACCUUUCAGAGAGUCAUGCUACCAAGAAAGUACUUUGAGUGAUGUUCAUCCUGUGAUUGGCUCUGGCCAAGACUCUAGUUCAAAAACUACAGAUACAAAUUUGGAAAAUGUCAAACUCGUAAGAAGGCAGCGGAGUAACACAGAUCCUUGCUUGAUUCUUGACCAAGAAGAAAAGCCACAAGCCAGCUCCAGUACUGGAGGUUUAUCGAGGGGUCGAUUGAGAAGUGUGACUCCUCCUUGUGACAAAUUUACCUCUUCUUAUAGCCCUACUUCAGAUGAAAUUCUCACGCAACCCACAACCUCUGUCUUGUUUCCAAUGCAGGAUGAAAACAAAACUAAACAUGGGACAACAGAUACAAGAUCAGCAAAGCAAAAUACGUUCUACCCUACGCAAAUAUUUAACCCCAUGCUUCUGCUAAGUGACAUGCAAGAAGAGUCUGGGUUCUACCAGAACGAGAACUUUAAACAAGGCGACAUGGAAAAUACAAGUCAAGGGACCUUCCAGUCAGCACCUAAAAAUAAUCAGGUCCUUCUUCGCAACAAGAACACCAAAAACAUUGUUGUAGAAUCCAAAUAUUCCCUUAAAUCUACUGAGGGACCAUCUGAUACAAAACCAAUGAUGGCUCCAUCAGUGGCCCCUGUGUGGCUUCCUCCUCAACCCACUCGAUACGUAGGAAAUUCUGGUGGGGUAAGUGAAAUUAGAUCUAUGAAACCAUCAGAGAAUCCCCUGGUGAGACGGCCCACCAUAAGGCAUAAAAAGAGCAACGUUGGAGCUAAACCAACUGCUAAGAGGUUCAGUAACUCAAACCUUCCUGCCAUUCCUCAGAGAGAUUAUCCAACGGGACCAGGAAUAAGUCAGUUACCAAGGAUCCAACCAGUUAAUAUCAACAAGGUCCAAAUUUCCUCCAAAAAUAAACCUUUACCUCACCAGCAAAAGAUUUCAGAAGAGUCUGAUCAAUCAAGAAGUUCAUCUUCCAUGGAAACAGUAAGAGAGGAUGGCUAUCCUGAGGUGAAAGAGAAGACUUCCAAUAGUCCAGAGGCCGUACUACUGAGAGGGAGCCGCAGUAAGGCCAAACCACCUUCCUCGGUUUCAUCACAAAGUAUCCACCGCCGUUACUCCACAUUCAUAAACUCUUCCAACCUUCUGUAUCAGGAGUACAGUGAUGUGGCUUUGAACCAGGAGAUCCAAAGACAGAAACCGGGUGACUCCCCAGCGGAGGACAGCCAGCCCAGCUCUCCAAGAGUCCGGAGGAGGAUCCUGUCCUCCCAGGACUCCUACCUGCAGCGUCUGUCCAUCUCCUCCGCUGACUCCCUGUGGCAGGACAUUCCGAAAAUCCGGGACAGUGUGACCUUCCUGUCAAUGACCCGAGAGGAGCAGAAGCUGCAGGAGGCUAAGUUUGAGCUCAUCAUGUCGGAGGCGCUGUACCUGCGCAGUCUGAACAUCGCUGUGGAUCAUUUCCAGAGAAGCGCAGAACUCCAGGAGGUGCUAAGUGCUCAGGAUCGACAGUGGCUCUUCUCCCGUCUGUCUGAGGUCCGGGACGCCAGCUCCGAUUUCCUCUUUGACCUGGAAGAAGAAUUUGAGAGCAACAUGUACAACUUCCAGGUGUGCGAUGUGGUGAUCAGCCAUGAGCCCAACUUCCGCAGGGUCUACCUACCGUACGUCACCAAUCAGAGCUACCAGGAUCGGACCUUCCAAAGGCUGAUGAACGGUAACCCGCGUUUUCAGCAAGUUUUGGCCAAGUUGGAGAGUGACCCCGUGUGCCAACGACUGAGCCUGAAAUCGUUCCUCAUCCUUCCCUUCCAGAGAAUCACCCGGUUGCGGCUGCUCCUACAGAAUAUUCUGAAGCGUUCUGCUCCGGGGUCUACAAAGGAGCUGGAAGCCACAGAGGCCCACAAUGCGCUGGAGAAGCUGAUCCGAGACUGUAAUGAGAGCGUGCAGAGGAUGAAGGACACAGAGGAGCUGAUUCUGCUCAACCAGAAGAUUCAGUUUGAGUGUAAGAUCUUUCCCCUCAUCUCCCAGUCUCGGCGUCUUGUUAAACAUGGGGAAGUGACGUCUCUGGAGUUCAAUUCUAUGAGCUUCAAAUGGAAAGUCACCACUCGGCCUGUCUACCUGCAUCUCUUCAACGACUGUCUACUGCUGUCUCGCAUCAGAGAAGGAGGGCGUUUCGUCGUAUUCGAUCACGCAUCUGAGUUCCGCGUGGAACGAUGUGAAAUUAAACUCCACACCAACCAGAAGAACAUAUUCCGCGUCUUCCUCCGGGAUUCUGCUGCAAUGGGGCGGGAGUCCUCUCAGGACGGAAGAGAGACGGAGUACAUCUUCAGGACCGAGACGCAGAGUCAGAAGCUGAGAUGGAUUUGUGCAUUGUCUCCCCCCAAAGAAGAGACUGACUUCUGGGGGGUUCAUGGUCUCUCCCAGAUGCAAUGUUUAAAGUCCUAUAAAGCACGAGAAAACGAUGAACUGUCCCUGGAGAAGGCUGAUAUUCUCAUGAUAACGCAGAACAGUGAUGAUGGAUGGCUACAUGGUAUCCGCCUCUCGGAUCAGCAGUCUGGUUGGUUCCCACAGCCUAAUGUUCAACCCAUAAGCCGGAACGCUUGUCUGCGUAACCUGCAAGAAGAACAAAGAUUGAAGACCGCCCGAGCCAAGCUGCAACCAGCUGGGGCCAAGGGGCAGUAACUGAGCAAGAUGUCCUCCUGCUGCCUAACUCUGGUUCCCUCAAGCUUUCCUGCUCUUUGGCACUCUGUUGACACCCCAUUGAGUUCUUAGACUGGGGCUACAUGGAGACUCAAAACGCAGUUGCAUCUAUAAUAAUGUGUGUCACAUGAUAUAGGGGGCGCAAUACAAGACUAUGUGUUUAAGUGGCAGCAACACAAAUCUCAAGCUGGUUGCAGCCAGUGGUCAAUGCAGUGUCCGACCAUCUGCACCCAGAUCAAUCUGCCAUCUAGCCCAAGUGGGAAGCAAUUAAAGGGCCAGUUCCUGAUUCAGUGUAAAUGUAAUACAAAUAAUCUGAACGCUGGCGAUUUCUCCUUCACACAAAAAGAGCUAUUUAUAUUUUUAAUUAUCAAACUUUCUGGGCGCCUUACGUAUUUAAAAAAAAAAUAAUGAUUGCAAAGUCUGAGCACUUUCCCGGGUUGUCGACCUCUGUAAAUAAUUUUACAUUAAAUUUUAUAAAGCUG